CGCCUCUCUCCUCCUCCCUCCCCGGUCGUCCUCUGCAGGCCUGCCGCUCUCUGCUGCAGAGAAGGGGCUUCGUGACGUCAGUGGAGGCUGGAGCGGUUCCUGGGCUGGAGCGGAAAAAAAAAAUGGGGAGACGACUGCGAGGGCGUCACGCGGGGUGAAGAAUGAAGCGCCGCCACCGCUUCGUUGUCGCCGCUGCCUGUGGUCAUGUGACUGAGACGGGCUCCUGCUGACCUUCCACGACCGUCCCGUUUCCACCAUGAGGGCUUCUGCCAGGUGCGUGGCCUCGGUGCCCUGGUGCCGGCGCUGCCGUCGUGCUGCCUGAGCGCCCGCCCCUCCAGCGGUUGUUGCACGGAAUGGCCUCUCUGGACCUGCCUUACCGCUGUCCUCGCUGCGGGGAGCACAAGCGCUUCCGAAGCCUGUCGUCCCUGCGCGCCCACCUGGAGUACAACCACACGUACGAGACCCUCUACGUCCUCUCCAAGUCCAACAGCGUGUGCGACGCCGCCGCGCUGCUGCCCCUGGUGGCCGAGGGCGCGCUCCUCUCGCCCGCCAACAACAACGACCCCUUCGAGCCCCUGCGGCCCUCGGCGCUGAAGGAGCGCAGGUUCCCCUGUCGGGAGCUGCCCUGUGCGGACGAUCUGAGUUUGACCCCGGCCAAUUCCAACGCCGCCGCCCGGUACAUUCCCAAUGUGGAGUUUCCACUGGGGGAGAUUUUCAUGAAGAAAGCCAUGGCAUCCACGGACCCGGGCCCCCAUGGUAACCCUAGCACCGCGGUGGCAGUGGCUGCUAACGUCGCAGCCAGUGCAGUGGAGGCCGCCUACGAGGAGGGCCUGGCCAGACUGAAGGCUCGGGCCUUUGAGCGGCUGGAGCUGGAUGAGAGGCUGGAGAAGCUCUCAGAAGAGGUGGAACAGAAGAUCGCAGCCAGAGUCGGCCGCCUGCAGGCGGAGCUGGAGCGGAAGAGCUCCGAGCUGGAGCGGGCCAAGCAGGACAGCGAGCGGCUGAGCCAGGAGAAGCAGGACCUGGAGGACAAGGCCUCAGAGCUGUCGCGGCAGGUGGACGUCUCCGUGGAGAUGCUCGCCAACCUGAAGCAGGACCUGGUGAACAAGGAGGCGGAGCUCAACCGCAAGCAGCAGGAGGUCGCCCAGAUAGACCAGUUCCUGCAGGAGACGGCGGCGCGGGAGGCCAACGCCAAGGUGCGCCUGCAGCAGUUCAUCGAGGAGCUUCUGGACCGCGCCGACCGCGCCGAAAAGCAGCUGCAGAUCAUCAGCAGCUGCGGCACCACGCCCAACGGCAGCCUGGGCCGCUGCAGCCUGCAGGCCUCCAAGGGGAACGGGCGCCAGAGGAACUCCAGCCUCUCUGGAAGCACCAGGGGAAUGUACCAAGUGUCGGAGCGCCGUUCCUCCCCCAGCACAGGAGCCUCGGGCCGGAUCAAGUCCGUGUCGCAGGGCUCUGGAGGCUACGACAGCGACAGCGUGGAGAUGCACCCCAUGGAGGACUGCCCCGAGGCUCAGUACUACCACAUGCAGUGCCGCCUGGGCGAGGCGGGCUACGGCGGCUCGCCCUCCUGCGGCUCCAGGAACUGGGGCCUCCGCAAACAAGCCAUCCAGAACUGGCAGCGGCGCCCUUACAGGAACAGCACCGAGGGCGACGAAGGGGACGUGUCCGACGUGGGCUCCCGGACCACCGAGUCCGAGGUGGAGAUGUGGGAACAGGAGAGGAGAGUGGUGGCUGAGGUCCAGCAGUCUGCUGCGCCCUAUCUCCACCACGGCAGGGCAGGAUACCACCCGAACACAGGUCGGUCGGAGGUGAUCUACAGCAAACCGUGUCGCCAUGAAAAGAGCCCGUCCAAGUCCAGCGAGGUGAUCAGUCCCGAGAUCCUGAAGAUGCGAGCAGCUCUCUUCUGCAUCUUCACCUACUUGGACACUAAAACCCUGCUGAGAGCUGCGGAGGUGUGCCGCGACUGGCGGUUUGUGGCCCGUCACCCGGCCGUUUGGACCCGGGUCCUGCUGGAGAACGCCCGCGUUUCCUCCAAGCUCCUCUGCACUCUGUCCCAGUGGUGCACCCAGACGCACUCCCUCAUCCUGCAGAACCUCAAACCACGACAGCGGGGCAAGAAGGAAACCAAGGAUGAUUAUCUGAAAAGCACACGCGGCUGCCUGGAGGAGGGUCUGGAGGCGCUGCUGAAGGCCACCGGCAGCAACCUGCUGAUCCUGAAGAUCUCGCACUGCCCCAAUCUGCUGACUGACCGCUCCCUCUGGCUCGCCAGCUGCUACUGCCGCGCUCUGCAGGCCGUGACCUACAGGAGCGCCACGGAUCCCGUCGGCCAGGAGGUGAUCUGGGCCCUCGGGGCAGGUUGUAGAGACAUCAUCUCCCUGCAGGUGGCGCCGCUACACCCGUGCCAGCAACCUGCUCGCUUCAGUAACCGCUGUCUGCAGACGAUCGGGCGCUGCUGGCCGCACCUCCGCGCUCUGGGCGUGGGAGGGGCUGGAUGUGGCAUUCAGGGACUGGCCUCACUAGCGAGGAACUGCAUGCGGCUGCAAGUGUUGGAGUUGGACCACGUGAGUGAAAUCAACCAGGAGGUGGCAGCAGAGGUUUGCAGAGAAGGCCUGAAAGGCUUGGAGAUGCUGGUGCUCACCUCCACGCCCGUCACCCCAAAAGCCCUGCUCCACUUCAACAGUGUUUGCCGCAACCUGAAGUCCAUCGUGGUCCAGAUUGGCAUUGAAGACUACUUCGAGGACCCGAACAGUCCUGAAGCAAGAAAGCUGUUUGAUGAGAUGGUUAAUAAGCUGCAGGCUCUCAAGAAGAGACCUGGCUUCUCCAAGAUCCUCCAUGUGAAAGCAGACAGUCUCUGCUAACAUCCUGCUCCUCCUUCCAGCGCUGCCGCCUGGGCUCCUGUCAAUCACACACGCCAGCUGUUUUCGAGCCAGCUCCACGGGGGUGGAUUGCAUCUGCAGCAGCAACAGCACCAACAGAAGACUGUCCUGAUGAACUAGGGCCAAAGGCUCAAAGUGCAGAACCCACAUGUGCAAACGUGAAACGGGAAGAACUCAUUUGCUGUUCCAGUGGUGGAGGUCUGUGUCUCUUAGUGUUGGUUAUGACAGAGAGCUGGUCAGGAGGCUUAUUUGGAUUUACUGUGGCGCUAUUCAUGAAACAAACACCCGACUCAGCUAUCCUUACAACACCGACCAUCUUUCUAAGUUUGCUUUCAUUAUAAAAAUAGCCCGUGCGGUCGCACAGAGCCGGAGCCUUGAGCUGAAGCACCUGGAGCCGGGCUGCAUUGCUGUUCUUGACUGAGUGCAGCUGCUGAACCGGGGGUCGCCUCCAGCGCCCGACGCUCCCGAGCAGGAGCACAUCUCACAGCCUCCAUUAAACGGUGGCCGGUUCAGCGUUUCCACAGGUCCUCCACGUCCGAGCCUGCGCUGCUGCGGCUCUGGGUGAAGGACGGCGGGACGGGGACUGCAGGCACCGCUGCGUUUCCGCCUCCUCCGCUUCCUCGCGUCAACAGGCUCCUGGGACACGUCUAGAAUCAGCGCUCUCAACGGACGAUCGCCGCAUCUUUGCACCCGUUGUGCGUGACGACAGUCGUAGAAUCUAAUCGAAGACGACCCACGAUGCAUUUCCUGGACAAACCGGUGCCAUCCCCACGUCUGUCUCCAUUCCAGCGAACAGUUCUCCUACGUGCCAUUAACGAGGGAAGAGGUCACGUGAGGCAGAUGUUUAAUCUGUUCAAGUCGAGAGCAGCAUAAGUUUGAUUUGAGCGUAAGCAGCUUAAGCCACUGAGCCCGUAGUUAAACACAUCAGCUGACAUCCUGUGUCUCCCUCUGCUGGUGCUUUCGAGCGUUUUCUUCACAGCCGGUGACUCUGCGGCACCGAACAAGCAUCAGCUGUUCCUGGUCUUGAAGGGGAAAUGUGCAAAUAUGAGCAGCAGCACUUACGGUUUACACUUAUUUAUAAAGGAGCGCCGAGCGUUUUGCACAACAGAAACCUUUACUAAUCAGAAAACGUCUGUGAGUUUGACAAGUCGACCAAUGAGUGGAAUGUUUGAAAGAUGUGGGUGUUCAAGAAGCACGAAGGGUUUUCAGAGCCUGACCCAAAGUAUGGACCAAAAGAAUUAAUCUUCUGCUGCUGUAUUAACAUUUAAAUUAAAUGAAUCUUUCCAAAUCCCCAGCUUAAUUAAGUAUUCUUAAAAGGCCGGAGCAGGAAUAGCGACGCAUUACUCCAGGUUUGUUUUGGCCGUAUGUGGGGCUGAGGUGAAGGUGAAGGUGAAGGUUCCACCUUGGAUCGAUCACGACGCCUCCCAUGAGGCUGUCGGCUGCUGAUUUUGCUCCGUGCUUCAUAGUCAGUGAUGUUUAGCGAGGACUCGCAUAGCCGCAUAUUGUAGUAUCGACGUUCCAGGUCACUAUUUGAGAACAGCUGUGGAUGUUCAUUACUUCAUGUUCUUCCAGUACUGCUUUAUUAUUGAUAUUAGUACUCUCCUACUCUGCUACUUAUUGUCCGAACAGGUUUGUGGGCGCGGAACAGAGAAAAACACAAACAAGCACUUGUUGAUUUUGAGUUUUAGACAAUCCAGCCUUCGCUAUCAGCUAAUCUGUAAAUAAUAUUUAUAAAAAAACAAAAACAUCCCAACAAGAUAAAAAGGACCAACAUUUGAUGUUCUAUAAUAUUAAGGUCAUACUUAUGAGUGGAAAACGGUGACGUUUACAGGUCUCCAGCCUGUAAACAUUUUUCUCUCCAAAGCCGAAUGAAAGCUAAACAUAGAGAAUUAUAUUAUGUAUAACAGUAGUGUUGAAAUUGCAGUUGUGUAUUAGAUACUUUAUAUUAAAUGUGCAUCAGAGUCAUAUAGAGAUGGAAAUUAUUUAAGAAGAAGAUAACUCAGCUAUUUAUUUCUAUAAAGCGCGAUGUGUAUAAUGUUGGCAUGUUUGUGUUCAAGCAUCGAUCAUUAAGUUGCCUUCUUAACUGUUCUGCUACUGUGGCAAGAAACGUGUUAGAUGUUUGAAGAGCUUCGAUUGCCUGCAGGUUAAUAGCGUUUCUCUUUAUUUAAUCCAGUCUGUUGUUGCACUAGUGAGAAAAAAAAGAAGAUAUUUCAGAUGUUUAUUAUAAGAGUGUUGUUGUUUUUAAUGUUGAGCUAUUUCUCAGUAUUUGACAAAAUAUGAAGCACUUUUUUUCUGGAACACUUUUCUCGCCGGCGUCUGUUGUGGAGACGAGCUGUUGAACAGUGAACGGACGCAGCGUUGGCCUCGUUUCUCUCUCACCUUUUUUCAUGGAGCCUGAUUCAACUGCAUUCAAGUGCUUUUUUUAGGUUGAUUGCCGGUAUGACCUUAUGCGCUCCUCUGUACUUCCAACCAUCUUUGCUUUUUCAGGUUUUCCGUCCGUCGCACUCGAGGCUUUGUGCUCACACCAACAGCACAGGUACCUUUGCUUUACUGUGAAAACGGACCUGCUGAAGAUGCGUCUGAAGCAGCAGAGGCCUGAGUUAGGGUUGGACCCCAGACAGAUGUGUUCUACGUGUUCAACCUGCCUUUCCACAUGACGCCCUGACUUCAAAUCUGGAGCGUCACCUUUUAGCGAAGUUGCUUCUGCAUUUACAGUUCAACUGCAUACGUUCUUUACCCUACUGUGCAAUUGAAGUGCGUGUGUGUAUAUGUACCUCUUUGUACAUACUUCUGUCUGGAUGAUUGUACUCUGCCCGCUCAUCUGAAUAGUAAUUUACACAUUACCUCAACACUUAUCUGGGCAGUUAAGUGUGCAGUUUGUCUUUGUAGUGUUUUCUUUCCUGCCAUCGUCAGCUUCGCCCGUUGGUUCAGAAACUCCCUUCUUGUUGCUACAAUAACAAGAUGGUUCUUAUUGCUCAAAAUAACUCUGCCCAAAACAUGAUCAGCCUUCUAUGACGACUGCAAUAGAUGGAAAUGUUUUACUACUCAUUUUCACUCAUUUGUUGUUGUCAAUAAACUUGCUUUAAAUUGUA